AAACCGCGCGGUGCACACAAAUAACAAGAGUAGUGCUCUGUACUCAGUACUCUCUCCACUUUCUCUCUCUACAUCUAUCUACGCGGAAGUUUUUUCUGCAAAUCUUUUGGGAACCAAAGAAGGAGAGACCAUGAAUCGGAGGGACGAUCCGAACCCUUUUGAGGAAGAAGAAGUCAAUCCAUUUUCGAAUGGAGGUGGUGCUCCUGGAUCAAAGUCCCGAAUUCCUAAAAUGGUUGCUCAGACUCUGGGUUUUGGCCAAAAACAUGAUGCUACCGUGGAUAUACCGUUGGAUACAGUGAACGAUGGAAGUAAAAAGGAGAAAGAACUUGCAGCUUGGGAAGCAGAUCUGAAAAGGAGGGAAAGGGACAUUAAACGGAGAGAAGAUGCUGUUGCCAGCGCUGGUGUCCCCGUAGAUGAUAAAAACUGGCCUCCAUUUUUUCCAAUUAUUCAUCAUGAUAUAGCAAAUGAGAUUCCAGUUCAUGCUCAGAGGUUGCAAUAUCUGGCUUUCGCUAGUUGGUUAGGUAUAGUUCUUUGUCUCGUCUUCAAUAUUAUUGCUGUGAUUGUUUGUUGGAUCAGAGGCGGCGGUGUCAAGAUUUUUUUCCUCGCAACAAUUUAUGCUCUAAUGGGAUGUCCCCUAUCAUACGUCUUGUGGUACAGGCCACUGUAUCGUGCAAUGAGGACUGACAGUGCAUUGAAGUUCGGUUGGUUCUUCAUGUUCUACUUGAUUCACAUUGGUUUUUGCAUCUUUGCUGCCAUUGCUCCGCCAAUUGUCUUUCGUGGGAAGUCAUUGACGGGUAUACUGGCAGCAAUUGAUGUCUUCUCUGACCAUGUUUUGGUGGGGAUAUUCUACUUAAUUGGAUUUGGCUUGUUUUGCUUAGAAUCACUUCUAAGCUUGUGGGUACUUCAGAAAAUUUAUAUGUACUUCAGAGGUAACAAAUGAAAAACCUGGGGGUGUAGUCUUGUUGAGAUGUUCAAUACUGCUUGUUGAGGUGCCUCAGUAUAUUCUUCUCUCAUGUCAAAGUUCAUUUCUUUGUUGAGAUGGUUGAGUUGAGUUGAAACACAAAGGCGUGCUAAGUGACUUUGUAAAUUUUUAUAUUGUUGGUAUUAUGCUAUGUAGCUCUUGAAUAAUUUGGUUCCUUGUGAUUGAAAUUCAGUUAAUAUGAUAACAAGUGUUGCUUCAAGUUCA